UGUCUGUUGGGGCACUGUGAAUGUGUGUGUGUGUGUCUGUGGAUGUGUGUGUGUGUGAGUGAGUGAGUGUGUGCGUGAGGAGACUUGAAGAGAGACUGCAGAGGAGGACAGCAGUGGCUUCUUGGAGUAAGUUUGUUCUCUGACAGAGAGAAAGUUAAGGGAAGUGAAGAUGAUGAUGGUGAUGGGCUUCCCUCAGCCUCUGUGGGCUCAGGUGAGCCCCGGGCUCCAGACUGAGUGCUAGCCAUGUUGCAGUCAUCCCAGCCGACUUCCAGCACCCUGCAGCUGGUUGCCAAUGAUAUGAGUGGCAUCAUGGAGAAGCUGGACACCCGCGAGCUUGACCUGGAAGAUGGAGAGUACGACACAACCGACGCCCAUGACUCAGGCGAGCGUUUGCCCUUCACUGCGAUCUACCACACGGUUGGUUUCAAGGAGUCCGAGGCCAAAGUCUUCCUGACCUCUCCGAUCACCGCCAAGAUCCUGGAGGUAGAGCGUUUCACCUCGGCUCAGGACCGCUUUAACCAAACCACACAGAGGAGCGUCAACAAGUCAAUGCCGGCGGUGUUUAAGAUCGAGCUGAAACAUGGGGAGUUUACAUGGCUGGUGAAGAGGAAAGAGAAACACUUCAUGGAUCUCCACAAAGAGCUGAGGACAUACAAGGCCCUCCUGAGGCUGCCGCUGCCGACACGCAGUCACACAAUAAAGAGGCAGGGGGUGACGAGGAAUGAGGCAAGUCGGAUGCCGAAUCUCCCGAGAGGAGGAGGGGAUGAGCUGGGCAGAGAGGAGCAAGUUUCUAGUCGCAGGAAACAACUGGAAGAUUACUUGAACAAGCUGCUAAAGAUGCCAACGUACAGGAACUUCCAUGCAACGAUGGAGUUUAUUGAUGUUAGCCAGCUGUCGUUUAUCCAUGACCUGGGACCAAAAGGCCUGGAAGGAAUGGUGCUGAAGCGAUCUGGCGGCCAUCGAAUCCCUGGGAUGAACUGCUGCGGUCGCAGCAAAAUGUGCUACCGCUGGUCCAAACGCUGGCUGGUGGUGAAGGACUCAUUCUUGCUGUACAUGAAGCCAGAUUCAGGCGCCAUUUCUUUUGUGAUGUUGUUCGACAAAGAGUUCAGCAUCAAGAUGGACUCCAGAGACACAGAGACCAAACACGGUGUUCGCAUCGACAGUCUGUCCAGAUCACUGGUGCUAAAAUGCAGCAGCUACAGACACGCCCGCUGGUGGGGUCAGGCCAUUGAGGGCCUUGCCCAGAAGCAUGGCUCGGCCUUCCUCAAGGACCAUCGCUUUGGAUCCUUUGCUAGAGAAGAAGUGAACAUCCUCGCCAAAUGGUAUGUGAAUGGAAAAACAUAUAUGGAGGACGUGGCCGAUGCUCUUGAAGAAGCCAAAGAGGAAAUAUUCAUCACAGACUGGUGGUUGAGUCCUGAGAUCUUCCUGAAGAGGCCAGUUGUUGAGGGCAACCGCUGGCGCCUGGACUGCAUACUGAAACGCAAAGCGCAACAAGGAGUAAAAAUCUUUGUGAUGCUGUACAAGGAGGUGGAGUUAGCUCUGGGCAUCAACUCAGGAUACAGCAAGAGGACGCUGCUGCACCUCCACCCCAACAUCAAGGUGAUGCGCCACCCAGACCACGUCUCCUCGUCUGUCUACCUUUGGGCACAUCACGAGAAGAUCAUCGUUAUCGACCAAUCAGUGGCCUUUGUUGGUGGGAUUGACCUGGCGUACGGUCGUUGGGACGACAGGGAACACCGGCUGACGGAUGUUGGGAGUGUAACACGCUCACACUUGGAGCAGGCUGAAGCUGCCUCCUCCAGCAUGGCUGCCCGAGCUAACGGCAGCGGUGCUGUUUCCCAGAGCAAUGGGAAAGGCAUUUUUACAGUGACGGACUCGGGGGACCAGCCUAAGCUGAAGGGUCAGAGGAGGACAAGGAGGAACAGGUUCAGCAUCAAGAGACACCUGCAGAAACACAGGCUGGCUCAUGCUGACAGUGACAGCGACAGUGACCUGGAGAACGAAGAGAGAAGUGGCUCAAUGUGUAGUCUACAAACAGGAGUCGGGGAGCUCUUUGGAAACACACGAUUCUGGCAUGGAAAAGACUACUGCAACUUUGUGUACAAGGACUGGAUUCAGCUGGACAAACCAUUCGAUGAUUUCAUAGACAGACACACAACUCCCAGAAUGCCUUGGCACGACAUCUCCUCUGUGGUUCAUGGGAAAGCAGCUCGAGAUGUGGCCAGACACUUCAUCCAGCGGUGGAACUUCACCAAGCUUGUGAAGCCAAAGUACCGUUCUCUGUCGUACCCGUACCUGCUGCCCAAGUCUCACACCACAGCUGCAGAGCAGCGAUACCAAGUCCCCAACUGCAUCCCCACAAAAGUACAGAUCCUCCGCUCAGCCUCUGACUGGUCUGCUGGCAUCAAAUACCAUGAGGAGUCCAUCCACAACGCCUAUAUCCACACCAUCCAGAACAGCAAACACUUCAUCUACAUAGAGAAUCAGUUCUUCAUCAGCUGUGCAGACAACAGACAUGUUUUCAACAAAAUCGGAGACGCUAUUGCCGAGCGCAUCAUCAGAGCACACAGGGAGGGUAAAAGGUACCGAGUGUACGUGGUGACGCCUCUGCUGCCGGGAUUUGAAGGAGACAUCAAAACCGGAGGGGGCAGCGCCCUCCAGGCCAUCAUGCACUUCAACUACAGGACCAUGAACAGAGGAGACCACUCCAUCAUCUCCCAGGUCAGGAGAGAGAUGGGAGACCAGUGGAUGAACUACAUCUCCAUCACUGGUUUGAGGACUCAUGCUGAGCUGGAGGGGAAGCUGGUCACCGAGCUCAUCUACGUCCACAGCAAGAUGCUCAUUGCUGACGACAACACUGUUAUAAUCGGUUCUGCCAACAUCAACGACAGGAGCAUGCUGGGAAAGAGGGACAGCGAGGUGGCGGUGAUCGUGGAGGACUCAGAGACAGUGACGGCAGUGAUGGACGGGCAGCCUUAUCAAGCCGGAAAAUACGCUCUGCAGCUCCGCCUUGAGUGCUUCAAGAUGAUUUUGGGCGCUCACACAGACCCCUCCAUUGACGUGUCAGAUCCUAUCAGUGACCACUUCUACAAGGAGGUCUGGAUGGCGACAUGUGCUCGCAACGCCACCAUUUACCAGAAGGUUUUCCGUUGUCUGCCGUCCAGUGAUGUCCGUAACAUCCUGGAGCUUGAGGGCUACCUGGCCAAAUCAGGCCUGGACAAGGAGGACCCAGCUCGGGCUCACGAGGAGCUGAAGAAGAUCCGUGGCUUUCUGGUCCAGUUUCCUCUUCAGUUCCUGUGCGAGCAGAACCUGCUUCCUCCCAUCGGCUCCAAGGAGGCCAUGGUGCCCAUGGAGGUCUGGACCUGAGACAGAGGGACUUACCUGUGCAUUCAUGUGUUCACACACAGCAUAUGGAAGGCUCACAAGGCUGACUCUGGUGCCAGAUUGGAGGUCAUGGUGGCUGAAAACAGCUGAGCAGCCUUUUUAAAAUCAUGGCUGUUUUAGUGUUUUUUACAGUUACAAAAAUAACUAACAACAGUAACUGAUAAUAACUUUCUUGUGGCUUGUAGUCACAGGUUUUCAAGCCGCCCAGGCAAUUGGUUUUCUCUUGCUUUGUGCGACAGUGGUUCCCAACCCCUGGUCUGUGGACUGUUAUUGAACAUGCGAGGAAACAAUGUGAUUUUGAAAAAAAAAUGCUGAGUUAUAAUAAUCUUAUUAGGGUGUUUGUGCAGUUAAAACCUUGAACUCGGUGCAGUCUCUCUGUGCUGCAUCUUUCCGCAUCAGUCUGUCUCGCCCACAACAACAUUAUACUGGUUUGAUCUAUAAAAACAAAAACUUUGAGAGUUUAAAAGACGUGAGAAAAAUGUUGGCAACAUAUCUUCCUGCAAACCACGGAUACAUUACAUGUGUGCAUUAUUAUGUAGUGCAUAGGCUGAAACUCUACUUUCCAAUGUCACUGUGGUUAACAUGUGGUUGGGUAAAGGCACAAAACCACUUGCCUAUAGUUAGUAAAAAAAAAUAAUCAUGUUUUGGCUUAAAAUACCUUGUUUACGUGGCACUAUCCUGGCUGGAAACACAGCAAUGUCUUGGUAAAAACAUCCACUUUUUGUGGCACUACUGCUGCUGGAAACACAGCAACAGAUCGCUACAAAACACAUGAGUUCGGUGGCUAGAAAGCUGCUGGAAACACAAAAAUGACUCACUAAAACAUAAGUAGUGUUGUUGUUUGUUGGUCUAGAACAGUGGUCUGUAGCUUGGCAGGCGUCUCGCUUAGGUGUCACACCAUCCACUGUCCCUUCCAUCUCAUGAUAACAAAGUCAGUUCAUACACUACGUUACUUUAGAAAUAUUAACAUGAUAUGUAUGAAAUGUGCAAAUAUAUUAUUCGUGGUUUGCAGAAAAGUUCAAUGCCAACAUUUUCUAUUUUGCUAUAAUAUGCAAAUGUCUGACCUACUUAGAGCCUUACUUUUAUUCCGGUUGUAAUAUGAAAAUUAUCCACAAAACAGAAAUGCCUGAAAACACCUGAUGUACUGGAUUGUUAAAGGAAAACUACAUUUUUUGGUUCUUUCAGUUAGAUAACAUUGUACUGAAGGGUUGGGGGCAGCAUAUUUUAACAGGGCAACAAACAGGAGUAAACGGAUUGUAAACAAACCUCCAGGUUAUUUAAAUGUACUUUGAGGAGAAAACAAAGGUGCCAGGUAAAAUGAUCACCCAGACUGUCUGUUUUUAACAUCCAGCACUGUUUACAGACAGACUUUGAUCUGUAGUUGUGUGUAGUUUUCCUGAGGGCUGGCAGAUUAUUAUCAAUACUUGAGGUGUGCUCGCUCUCAGUUUGACUGCUCAAAUAGUGGUUUCAGAUAAACUGGAUAAUCUGGUUUCGUCUAUAGUUUGUCUGAUCGUCUGGCUGCUCAUGUUUUCUUACUCAGACCUCUUUUUUUAGUGUCCACAUGCAUCGUGGAGAUUCAAAAAUAAAACUCAAGUUUUAAGAAAUGUAUAAGACGGGGCAUCGGUGGCUUAGUGGUUAGAGCACGCACCCCACGCAUAGAGGUGCUGCAGCGGCCGGGACUCGACUCCGGCUUACAGCCCCCCACUGUAAAACUGCACCCAGAGAUUAAAAUGUUCCCAUUAUUUAGGAGAGGAGAAUAAGAGACUGUUCACUGUUCUGUUCACUGCCUGAAUUUACAUCAUUUGCAGCCAAAAUGACCCCCAAAAUGGCAUCAGCUGUGGUUGUGAACAAAGCCUCUGUACCAGCAGUGCGACUAAAUGCACACAAAUAACAUCACACUUAACACAGAGACACAACAUCAUCAGAAAAACAAGGAGACUCUAAGAGCUGAUAUGCAACACAUACAGACACACACAUGUACAUGCAAACAUGGAGAGAAGUGGACCAGCAGACAGAGCGUUGCACUCUGCAGUGCCUGACAAUCCAGGCCUCAUGUUUACAGAAUAUAGAAGAAGAAGAAGAAACGGAAAAAAUAGAAGUGAUCGACUCUGAGGCCUGACCCGCCUCUUCCUGCCCCCUCACCACCACCAAGCUAUUACUCUGUAAUCUCCUAAAAAAAACGGCUUCAUUCUCUAACACUAUGCAAUGUCCAGGGCCAGCGAAUGCAGCUCUGACUCUUCUGUGUUGAGAGUAUGAAAGGGCACUAAAAUAAGAGACUUUUUAAUGAAGAAGACAGUGGUGCAGAAAAGAGGAUGAAGAGCUGCGUGGCGCUGUCACACCUCUACAGCCAUUUUGUCUCAUAUUGCCCUGCAUUUAAUAUUUAUGUCAAACAGGAAAUCACAAGUGCCAAAAAUGACAGACUGUAGCCUGUACAUACAUUCAUUUACAUUCCUCAUACUGUGGAUUCUACAUUAAGCCUUAAGUGACCUGUUUUUAUGCUCUGAUCUGGUCUUUGUAGUUCCUUUGGUUAUGCUUUAUGUUACUGGACUGUAAUUUCCUAAUAGCAAAGUUUUCUGGAAAGACUUAAUAAUUUGGUACUAAUUACAUUAUAGAGAAAAUGGGAUCAUUUAUAAUUGGAAACUUUAUUCUCUAUUUAUAUUUUUUUCCUGUAGACAAAUUUCCUCUUUGCAUGUUCAGCUGAACUGCUGUGCAUUGACUGAAAGACUAAGUGACACUUGUAGCUACUUUGCAUUAAUAAUUGAAAAUGUGAACAAGUAAUUAUCCUUUUCAGGACCGUCAGGAAAUUACAGACUGGAAUUAACUGUUAUUGUUCUUUUUUACAUAACCCACAGAUUCAUGCAUGAUAAACUUAUUACAAUGCUGCGUUUCAUUCAAUGUCUGGAUGUAAGAAUUCUUACUAGAAUACUUCACCUACAAAAUGACCAUUUGAAUAUCAAUUAUUCACCAUUUGGUACCCUGAAUUCCAGUGUAAUUCUGCAUUUAACAACAGCAAACCUUUAUCAAAACAUAGUUUCUCAAAUUCUCACACAACUCAUGCAAUAAAACCCAAGGCUUCCCAACCAAUGCAUUUUAGCUAAAAUGUUACAAAAUAAAACACUUAGGCCUAUGAGUAACGUGCCGUGAGCAUGCUACUUGGCUGUGCAUCAGACUGUACUGGUGUGUUUUAAACAUAAUGUUUUAGCAGUUUUGGAUUGUUCGUUCUUCGUGGAGGCAUGUGAGAAAAAAAUUUUUUUUGGGCAUAACAUGCAGUGAGUAAUUAAUAUUCAGAUGGUCAUUUUGCAGGUAUUAUUUUCAGCAGCAGACAAAUUUUAUAUAAACAGGUGAUAAGAAUUUGUUAGGUAAAGUUUCGGCAGCUGUAUGUGCAAAUGCUAUUUCACCUUUAGCACCUUUGUUCUGCUGCCCCCAAGUGGCCAAAAAAAUCUGUUGUUGCAUGUUUAAGAUCUUGAGUAGUGCAGUUCUAAGGUUUUUAAAAAAAAUUAAGUUUAAAAAACAAUUCAUUAAGUUAGAAACAAUGGUGUGGCAGCCUUAACAUUGUAAACUCCAUGUUGAAGUCCGAUCAACAGAAUCUCUUUUGGAAACCUUGUGGCUGUACUCCCUUCUUGAAAUUCAAAUGCAGUCGUCUUUAGGUUUCCGAUUUUCCGACAUUUCUGGAACACAGCAUCAAUAUUCCUCAGUGUCUUCAUCGUUGGUCUGUUAGUGAUCUGCAUGAUAGUGUUUUGUGCUGUAAAACAUGAAAUGAUUCGUGCAGCUGACAGCAUGACAACAGCAUGUUGCCGUUAAACAUUACAGACAAAAAGCAUGAACCCUGCAAGCUGUAUGGUUGCCUUUAAAGCCAUGGACAAUAUUGAUGCUAAACAGCGUGCCUGUCAACAACCUGAAGCUUCUCCACAGAUAAUAUUUAUGGAAAAUGGGACCUUAAAUGUGCUCUUCUUUUUAAUCUUCCUCUCUACCUCCCUGUGUUUCUACCUCCUGCUCCGGUGCAUGCUUCUAGUCUUUGUGAUGAAUUCAGAUUUUGAAAUAUCAGGAAUACUUUUAGCUACCCCCCUAAUUAAGCCAAGUAAUCUGAAAGGCAAAGCAGAUGUUUUACUUUUGGUGGUCUGUGCAAUACCGGCAUGCUUACAUCUAAAACGGAAAGUGUAAAGACAAUAAAAACUGAUUUCACCCUUCAGAAAUAGGAUAACAUCAUCAGCAAAGAUGUUGACUUGGAUGGAAAUAUUUUCUGUGUAUCCACAAAAAUGGCAUUUAAACCACAAAUGUGGAUGUAGGUAUUGUUAUUGAUUGGGACCACAGACAUACAAUGCACAUGAAUUCAUACCAGGUUUAAAUGCAGCUUGAAAUCUUCAGCAGUUGGCUCAUUUUCCUCACACCUGACCUGUCGAGGUUGAGAAACACUAACCUGUCCUGUCUUUUCUCUGUCUGGCUUUAAAUCACUGUGUCUCUAUGAAAAUGCACUAUUUGCACAGACUGUUGUUUUCUUGUGGCGACCCCUUAAGAUCUGCAGUACCAUGUUAUUCAUGUGUCGCUUUUUGUGAAAUGAUGGAAUAAAAUAAAUGAUGUGAUAA